CUCUUGUGCACAUCAUCAGGACAACUUUCAGCGUGAUAUUCUUGGAUUUAAGGUAUAGCUGCCAGAGUUUACUUCGUAUGCAUUUACGAUCUUCAGAGGCGACAAUGAACUGCUUCAGCUUCGUAUUUUUAGGAGUGAUCAUGGCGUUCGUGGUACUGACCGCUGCAGAAGAAUGUGCAUUAAUUUGCCCCAUGAUAUAUGCACCAGUCUGUGCCACUGACGGAGACACCACGCAGACCUUCUCCAGUGCAUGUGGACUGAACGUGUACAACUGCCAGCACUCGGAGAAUCCACUCCGACUUCUGAGAAGUGGCGCUUGUGACAGUGAUGACUCAAAUGUCGACUCUUAAAGCGACGACAACAGGUCCACUGACACCCAUGACUGCUCUUCAAUGAAAUACAUCAGACAAAUCUUGUUGUAGUAGCAUGAGAUCAUAUUACAAAAUAAAUAAAACAGAGUUUCAAAAAUA